AUGGGUGACGGCUCCUUUGCUCACCCCGGAGGUGCGCUUUCCGUUUGGGGCCACUUGGUAUGCGAGGAGGAGGCUGCGCAACCAGAGGCGCUCACUGCUACAGCCUCAGACCCCUUCUGCAGGUGCCCUGUGGGUGCGCAGCACGACUGGCAAGCUUGCAUGUAUGCCCACACGUAUCAAGAUGUGCGCCGUCCGCCGUCGCUUGGGUAUGGUCAUCAGCUUUGCCCCUACUGGAACAAGAAGGAGACGAGCCUGGCCUACUCCCAGCGGUGCCCGUUGGGACCUCGGUGCCCCUUUGCACAUGGUGCCAAGGAACAGCUCUACCACCCCAACUACUUCCGCACCUUGGUUUGCCGCGACCUGCAGCGGCGCAGGUGCCCCCGAGGCGUGCUGUGCGCCUUCUUCCACCGUCAGGCGGACUGCCGGAAGGUCAAGCACGACCCGGUGAACUACACGAUUCCGCUGCCCGAGAAGGCCAUCCCCACGGAGUGGCUGGUGCACUUCUUGAGCCCUCCCAAGUUCCAGGAGGCGGGAAGCUACAACCAUUGCAAGGCCUGCUGCGCGGCAGGCUCAAUGCAGCGAUCCGCCUAUGCGUCCUUCGGGUGCAAUGGCCAGCCUCGCGAGAGGACGGGGCUCCGGAGCGGCAGCUCCUGGUACAGCCCGGAGGAGCUGAGCUCCUUCGAUCCGUCGGCCAAAGUUGCCGUCGCGAAUGGAGGCUCCGGGUCCAGUUCCUCGUUCUACGGAAAGGGCCUUGCCGCGUUCAGACACGAGCGCCCGGAGAGGGAGAGGGAGUUCAGGGAGCCCAGGGAGCGCCGGGAUCUGCAGGAGGAGCUUUCGGCGGGGAAGAAUGUCUUCGUGAUGCCGAAGCGGCCCCCGAGGCGGAACGAGUGCUACGCGCUGGACAAGGACCUGGCAGCCGCAGGGGUGGGCUGCCUAGAUGUGGCCAUGCGCCACGCGGAGGCGAUGGACGCACCCAACUGGGCCAACCUCUUCUAUGCGCUGGCGCAUUGCAAAAAGCGGGGGAACUUGGGCGCUCUGGCCAGCUGCCUCCGCACUGACCCGCGCUGGUCCAAGAGCUGUCAGCUGCUCGGCGCCCAGUUGGCGGAUCUCACGGCCCGGGACGCGGCCAACGUGGUGUGGUCGCUGGCCACGCUGGAGGCCAGACAGGAGCCCUUGCUGCUGGAGGCCGCGGACGCGCUCUGCGGCAAGCUGGCGGUGUGCGACCCCGUGAGCAUCUCAAAGGCCACGUGGGCCUUGACGGGGGUGUCAAACCGGGACCGUCGCCUGGACCUCUUCGCGAAGCUGGCGGUGCCGGUCAUUCUCAGGGCAGACUCCUUCCCCCUGGGCUCACUAACGAUGAUCGCGUACUCCUUCGCCAAGGCGGACUUCAGGGACGGGGACGCCUACGAGGCGCUGUCCUCCGCGCUGACCAGUCGCAUGGACUCCGAGCUGCGGCCCAUCGACGUGUGCAACGUGAUUUGGUCCUUCUGCACCGUGGGCUACCGAGAUGACGUGCUCUUCGAAAAGCUCUGCGAGAUGUAUUUGACCAAGGAGGUGGUGCGGAAUUUCAACCCCCAAGACCUCACCAACACCGCCUGGGGCUUUUGCAAGGUCGCCUUCGUGCACAAGCCCGCCAUGGAAGCCCUGGCCCGGGCCUGCCAUGCCCAACGCUUUGCCUUUGAUCCCAUCCACUUCUCCAACCUGCUGUACGCCUUCGCCACGCUCAGGAUGCAAGGCCCUGCUGGGGUGCUGGAGGAUAUGUGCGAGGCGGCGGCCGAGCGCAUCCAGCGCUUCGACGGGGGGAACUUGGCCAUCGCCGCCUGGGCGGUGGCCACGCUUCAGCUGCAAAGUGGCAGGUUGCUGGACCUUGCCCUUGCGCGUGCCUGCAGCCCGGAGGUGUGCAGCAGCCUGGGCAGCCGCGCCCUGUCCAUGGUGGCCCUCGCCUGUUUCCGCACCCAGCGCUUAGAGCGCCUGGACGACCUGCUGCGAGCCACCCGCGCGGCCGGCCUUGGCUUCGGGGCCUCCGGGUACUCCGCCGCGGUGAUGGCCGCGGAGCAGGGCGCGGAUGCGGACCGGGAGCUGCGCACGCUGCAAGCCAUGGCAGAGGAGGCCAAAGACGGGCGCAUGCGCGCGGCGGUGGCCAACUCAUUAGCCGUGCGCUUGUGGCAGCGUGGGUUUGCGCGCCAAGCCUUCGCCGUGCUGCAGGAGCUGCGAGCGAGCUCGCAUUGGACGGUGGUCUCCUCGCUUCUGGCCGCCCGUCUGGGGGAAGAGUGCGGCCUCUUGCAGGAGGCUUCUGAGCUCCUGGCCAGCAACGACGAGUUUGCGGAGUGGCAGGCGCCGGUGACCAGCGGGAUCCACCCCAUGGCCGCCACACGCCAGAACGAGGGCGCCCACGCCUACACGCGGGAGUUCAUGACGCUGCACGCCGUGCUCUGUGGGGCACCGCCUGGAGAUCCGGACGCCUGCAUGGCAGCAGUGGAAAGGUUCGCGGAGAGCCGGUCGCUGUGGCUGAAGAUCACCGCUUGGGAGAAGGGCAUCGUGGUGCAGGAGGUGGCGCGCCUUCAGCGGCCCCGCCUGGCGGUUGAGAUCGGCGCGUACGUGGGCUAUUCGGCCAUGAACCUUGCACGCACCGUGCGUCAGUUUGGGGGCAGGGUCGCCAGUCUGGAAGUUGACCCUCUGCACGUCACGCUGGUCCGAAAUAUGCUGGAAUAUGCCGGGCUGUCGGAGGUGGUGGACGUUUGGACGGGCUACUCCUUCGACAGCAUCCCGCAUUUGUUACAGAAGUAUGGGCCCAAAUCUGUAGAUAUGGUUUUCAUGGACCAGAAAGGCACCCGUUUCCACAGCGACCUGGCACUCAUGGAGGAGCUUGACUUGCUCUCUGACCAUGCGGUGGUUUUAGCGGACAACGUCCUGAAGCCGGGAGCGCCCCAGUACAUUUGGCAUCUCGCCAAGGGUGCGUACCACAACUGUACCGCGGUGUCAGUGCGGGAGUUCUUGCUGCAGAGCGAGGACUGGAUGGUCAUGGCCUUCCGGGACGUCGGCAAGGCUCCGGCGCCCACUCCGCCGCCGGACUUGCAGCGCUUGGCCUUCGAGAGCGACAACUUCCGGAAGCGGUCCAUGUUCGACGGGGUGGCGCCCUCCAAGUCGGACUGGUGGAAGUUCUCCCAGAGCUUCGUGUCCGGCCUGGAGCAGUGUGGCUGCAAGCCCGCGAUCGUGGGCUUGCAUGGGAGGGACAAUCCCAAGAUCACCCCAGAGGAUAUUGCCAGGAUCUUCCGGAAUGCUGGCAGGUUGAAUGCGGACUUCCACGUGCCAGCGACAUGA